CCACCCUGGAAUAACGGUUGAGUUCUUGGAGUUGGACGGAGGUGCAUGGCGCAGCGAGAGUGACAAGGAGUAUUGGCUAAUCUUCGGAUAUUCAGACUGUGGAUAUUUUUGGAAAUCAUGCAGAAAUUCUGAAAUGAGAGUGUGAGAUGAUAUCACUUCCGAAAGUGUGGAUAACUAUCACUGCCCCAUUGAUGAAUACGAGCAGAACGGGUCUCAGGAAUAGCUGCUGCUGCAUUCAUAAACACUUCUUUAGGACUCACAACAGCCCUUGAGCUUUGUUUUGGGGUCACGAAACACCAGAAAUUUCUUUUGUGCAAGUGGGUUGACAAUGGCUGAAAAGGGUCAAGUGGAUGUAGAACACCUCGGCGGAGUUAUCAGGCUCCGAGAGGAGCACGAAAAGGUGGUGAAAGACUGUGAAAGUCGGAUUCAACACUGGAAGAAGGUGUCGGGUGACUAUGAAGCCCUGAAUGACCGCCUCAAAACUCUGCCAGAUCAACUGUCAUAUGACAUCAUGGUACCAUUUGGCCCUUUGGCCUUUAUGCCCGGAAAACUGGUACACACCAACGAGGUCACAGUGUUGCUGGGUGAUAACUGGUUCGCCAAGUGCUCUGCCAAGCAAGCUCAAAAAAUUGUUGAUCACAGGAUGAAAUAUGUGAAGAAUGAACUAGACGGCUUGUCCAAGACGAUAAAAAACUUUGAAGCCAGAGUUGGGUUUGCGAAGGAUUUGGAAACCAUCUCUGCUAGUAAAGGCGACUAUGUUGACAUCAGAGAGGAGGUUGGAAACAAUGACUCUGUUGUCACCAAAGGAAAGCAAAGAAUAGCUCACAAGCCAAACUCUAAGCCCAAGCAGGAUGUGGUUUUUGAUUUUAAAGAAGAGGAUGAGGAGAAUGAGGAGGAAAGCAGAGAUAGUGGAAGCAGGAAAUGCGUUAUGACUGAGGAGGAGCUAUGGGCUAGAUUGGAUGAACUCGAGAAACUGGAGGAACUACAAGAUGAGCAGGACAAAUUAUCUGAUAAUGGAGACAUGAAUGGUGAGGACACAUCUUCCUCUUCCUCAGAAGAGGAGAAAGAUGCAGAUGCUGCGACUCCAGUAAAUGGGCUGAGUUUGAAGCCAGGUUGGAGCGUGCUGCCUUCCAGCACAGCACCACUUAGACAGGACAGGAAAGAGGAAGAAGACUUUGAGGAGGAAGAGGAAGCCAAUUAUUUUCCUACUAUCUACUUUUCUCACACAGUCGAACCCAAGAAGGUGAGAAUAAAUACAGGCAAAAACACCACACUGAAGUUUAGUGAAAGGAAAGAGCAGAAGGAACACUCGAAGAGGAAAAAGAAAAAUGGCCACAGCAAUGGACAUGCUCAUCACGAACUUCACAAAAUCACAACACCAGCAGACAUUUACAGGUUGUUUGUAGAUGUGAAAAAUGGGGAACCCAUACCUAGGAAGUCCAUACUGAAAUCACGCAGUCGAGAGAACAGCGUGUGCAGCGACACAAGUGAGAGCAGCGCUGCAGACUUUGAGGAGCGCAGAAUUAUGGGACGCAGCUUCAGUCAUGACGAGGCAACGCACAGCGACACCAGCGAUGGCAUCACAGAAGAGGACAGUCCCACAGCAGUGUUGCUGCAACCUCCCAGCAGAUUUGAGGCUUUUUCAGGUACAGUAAUAGAAAAGGAUCCAAUGCCCUCAGCUGUCCCUCAUCUGACCAUCUCUCCACCAGCUCUGCCAACAAUACUAGAGAGGAAACAGGAGGAGGUGGCGCCUGAUGUUACCCCACCCCAGCAAGCCCCAAAGAGGGUGUCGAAGUUCAAAGCUGCCCGAUUGCAGCAGAAGUGACUGUUAAGAGGCAAAUAUUCAGCUUUUAUAUGAACAUCUUUUGUGAAUCCUUUGUUUGUCUUUGGUAACCGAACAAAAAAACAAACCACAUGCUCAUUUCUUUGCACGCCUUUCAUCCACUGAUAGGGUUUCUGUUUCUGUCUGUAAAGUAGAACACUUAACCAGUCGGCCUUUGUGUAACACUGCUUUUUUAUGGUUUAUUGCAGCCUCUUUUGCUUAUCUGCUUUAAAAGACAUUCUUCUUUUAGCCUUGUUUAAGACAUUUGCAGUCUGUCAUAUGUUUACCUGUCUACUCUUCUGUUGAUCUGUGAUAUCACCAGGUUAACUCAGACUGUAGGCUUUGCCACAUAAGAUGAGUUGCCUUUUUUUGUUUGUUUGUUUGUUUUCCCCCAGUAUUGAUUAUUAAACAGAAUCAGGUCUCGUUAGCUCUCAUUUGACCAUCUCUUGACCUGCCCUACUGAAUGUAUGUAUCCCUUUGUGACAAGCUUUAUGUAAAACAGAAAAAAAAUAUUGAUGGAAAGUAAAAGAAAAAUAAAUGAUUUUGACUACAA